CGCCCCCGCCCCCGGAGCGCAGGAGGCGGGUUUUGGCCUCUUGCCCCGGGGAGAGAGCGCGGAGGGAGUGGGAGCGAGCUGAGCCCGAGUGGACGGUCCGCCCGCACUCCCUGCUUCCCAUGAGCCCGUUCUCCGGCGAGCUGCGCCGUCGUUAGGCCGGCCUCGCAGCCUCUGCUUUCCCCGGGACAGGCCCACGCCUCGCCGGGGAGGAGGGGGCCACCCGUCGAGGCGCCUCCUUAGUCAGCGUCGGCUUCGCGCUGCGACCCUGGAAGCGAGACCGCCGCGAGCGAGCGAGAGGAACAGCAGCGGCGGCGGCGACGGGCAGCAGCAGCAGCAUCAGCGGCGGCGGCGCCAGCGGGCGGGAUCGAGGCCGUCAACAUGGCGAGCGCCUCGUACCACAUUUCCAAUCUGCUGGAAAAAAUGACAUCCAGCGACAAGGACUUCAGGUUUAUGGCUACAAAUGAUUUGAUGACAGAACUGCAGAAAGAUUCUAUCAAGUUGGAUGAUGAUAGUGAAAGGAAAGUAGUGAAAAUGAUUUUGAAGUUACUGGAAGAUAAAAAUGGAGAGGUACAGAAUUUAGCUGUUAAAUGCCUUGGUCCUUUAGUGAGUAAAGUGAAAGAAUACCAAGUAGAGACAAUUGUAGAUACUCUCUGCACUAACAUGCUUUCUGAUAAAGAACAACUUCGAGAUAUUUCAAGUAUUGGCCUUAAAACAGUAAUUGGAGAACUUCCGCCAGCUUCCAGUGGCUCUGCAUUAGCUGCUAAUGUAUGUAAAAAGAUUACUGGACGUCUUACCAGUGCGAUAGCAAAGCAGGAAGAUGUCUCUGUUCAGCUAGAAGCUUUAGAUAUUAUGGCUGAUAUGUUGAGCAGGCAAGGAGGACUUCUUGUUAAUUUUCAUCCUUCAAUUCUGACCUGUCUACUUCCCCAGUUGACCAGCCCUAGACUUGCCGUGAGGAAAAGAACCAUUAUUGCUCUUGGCCAUCUAGUUAUGAGCUGUGGAAAUAUAGUUUUUGUAGAUCUUAUCGAACAUCUUUUGUCAGAGUUGUCCAAAAAUGAUUCUAUGUCAACAACAAGAACCUACAUACAAUGUAUUGCUGCUAUUAGUAGGCAAGCUGGUCAUAGAAUAGGUGAAUACCUUGAGAAGAUAAUUCCUUUGGUGGUAAAAUUUUGUAAUGUAGAUGAUGAUGAGUUAAGAGAGUACUGCAUUCAAGCCUUUGAAUCAUUUGUGAGAAGAUGUCCUAAGGAAGUAUAUCCUCAUGUUUCUACUAUUAUAAAUAUUUGUCUUAAAUAUCUUACCUACGAUCCGAAUUAUAAUUAUGAUGAUGAAGAUGAAGAUGAAAAUGCCAUGGAUGCAGAUGGUGGUGAUGAAGAUGACCAAGGGAGUGAUGAUGAAUACAGUGAUGAUGAUGACAUGAGCUGGAAAGUGAGACGUGCAGCUGCUAAGUGCUUGGAUGCUGUAGUUAGCACAAGGCAUGAAAUGCUUGCAGAAUUCUACAAGACUGUCUCUCCUGCACUGAUAUCCAGAUUUAAAGAGCGUGAAGAAAAUGUAAAGGCAGAUGUUUUUCAUGCAUACCUUUCUCUUUUGAAACAAACUCGUCCUGUACAAAGUUGGCUGUGUGACCCUGAUGCCAUGGAACAGGGAGAAACACCUUUAACAAUGCUUCAGAGUCAGGUUCCCAACAUUGUUAAAGCUCUGCACAAACAAAUGAAAGAAAAAAGUGUGAAGACUCGACAGUGCUGUUUUAACAUGUUAACUGAACUGGUAAAUGUGUUACCUGGGGCCCUAACACAGCACAUUCCUGUUCUUGUACCAGGAAUUAUUUUCUCGUUGAAUGACAAAUCAAGCUCAUCAAAUUUGAAGAUUGAUGCUUUGUCGUGUCUAUACGUAAUCCUCUGUAACCACUCUCCUCAAGUCUUCCAUCCUCAUGUUCAGGCUUUGGUCCCUCCAGUGGUGGCUUGUGUUGGAGACCCAUUUUACAAAAUUACAUCUGAAGCACUUCUUGUUACUCAACAGCUUGUCAAAGUAAUUCGCCCCUUAGAUCAACCUUCCUCAUUUGAUGCAACACCUUACAUCAAAGAUCUAUUUACCUGUACCAUUAAGAGGUUAAAAGCAGCUGAUAUUGAUCAGGAAGUCAAGGAAAGGGCUAUUUCCUGUAUGGGACAAAUUAUUUGCAACCUUGGAGACAAUCUGGGUUCUGACUUGCCUAAUACACUUCAGAUUUUCUUGGAGAGACUGAAGAAUGAAAUUACCCGGCUAACUACAGUGAAGGCGUUGACCCUGAUUGCUGGGUCACCUUUGAAGAUAGAUUUAAGGCCUGUCCUGGGAGAAGGGGUUCCUAUCCUUGCUUCAUUUCUCAGGAAAAACCAGAGAGCUUUGAAACUGGGGACUCUUUCUGCCCUAGAUAUUCUAAUUAAAAACUACAGCGACAGCUUGACAGCUGCCAUGAUUGAUGCAGUUCUAGAUGAGCUCCCACCUCUUAUCAGUGAAAGUGAUAUGCAUGUUUCACAGAUGGCUAUCAGUUUUCUUACCACACUGGCAAAAGUGUAUCCGUCUUCCCUUUCAAAGAUAAGUGGAUCCAUUCUCAAUGAACUUAUUGGACUUGUGAGAUCACCCUUAUUGCAGGGGGGCGCUCUUAGUGCCAUGCUGGACUUUUUCCAAGCUCUGGUUGUCACUGGAACAAGUAAUCUAGGAUAUAUGGAUUUGUUGCGCAUGCUGACAGGUCCAGUUUAUUCUCAGAGCACAGCUCUUACUCACAAGCAGUCCUAUUAUUCUAUUGCCAAAUGUGUAGCUGCUCUUACUCGAGCAUGCCCUAAAGAAGGACCAGCUGUAGUAGGUCAGUUUAUUCAAGAUGUUAAGAACUCAAGGUCUACAGAUUCUAUUCGUCUUUUAGCUCUACUUUCUCUUGGAGAAGUUGGGCAUCAUAUUGACUUAAGUGGGCAACUGGAACUAAAAUCUGUAAUAUUAGAAGCCUUCUCGUCUCCUAGUGAAGAAGUCAAAUCAGCUGCAUCUUAUGCAUUAGGCAGCAUUAGUGUGGGCAACCUUCCUGAAUAUCUACCAUUUGUCUUACAAGAAAUAACCAGUCAACCCAAAAGGCAGUAUCUUCUGCUUCAUUCCUUGAAGGAAAUUAUUAGCUCUGCAUCAGUGGUGGGCCUUAAACCAUAUGUUGAAAACAUCUGGGCCUUAUUGCUAAAGCACUGUGAGUGUGCAGAAGAAGGAACCAGAAAUGUUGUUGCUGAAUGUCUAGGCAAACUCACUCUAAUUGAUCCAGAAACUCUCCUCCCACGUCUUAAAGGGUACUUGAUAUCAGGCUCAUCAUAUGCCCGAAGCUCAGUGGUUACAGCUGUGAAAUUUACUAUUUCUGAUCAUCCACAACCUAUUGAUCCACUAUUAAAGAACUGCAUAGGUGAUUUCCUAAAGACAUUGGAAGACCCAGAUUUGAAUGUAAGAAGAGUAGCCUUGGUCACAUUCAAUUCAGCGGCACAUAAUAAGCCAUCUUUAAUAAGGGAUCUUCUAGACUCUGUUCUUCCACAUCUUUACAAUGAAACAAAAGUUAGAAAGGAGCUUAUAAGAGAGGUAGAAAUGGGUCCAUUUAAGCAUACAGUUGAUGACGGCCUGGAUAUUAGAAAGGCAGCUUUUGAGUGUAUGUACACACUUCUAGACAGUUGCCUUGAUAGACUAGAUAUCUUUGAAUUUCUAAAUCAUGUUGAAGAUGGUUUGAAGGACCAUUACGAUAUUAAGAUGCUAACAUUUUUAAUGUUGGUGAGACUCUCUACCCUUUGCCCAAGUGCAGUACUGCAGAGGUUGGAUCGGCUUGUAGAGCCAUUACGUGCCACAUGUACAACUAAGGUAAAGGCAAACUCAGUAAAGCAGGAGUUUGAAAAGCAAGAUGAACUAAAGCGAUCUGCUAUGAGAGCAGUAGCAGCCCUGCUGACCAUUCCAGAAGCAGAGAAGAGUCCACUGAUGAGUGAAUUCCAGUCGCAGAUCAGUUCCAACCCUGAGCUGGCAGCCAUUUUUGAAAGUAUCCAAAAAGAUUCAUCCUCCACUAACUUGGAAUCAAUGGACACUAGUUAGAUGUUUGUUCAACAUGAGGACCAUGACAUUGACCUUAUGAUGCACUGAAUUGACAGGUUAAUCAUAAGACAUGGAAAGAGAAGUAUCUAAAACCUUCAAAAUGUUCCACUUUUUUUCCUUCAUGGAGACAGUUUGGCUUUCUUCCAUUUUUGUUUUUGUAACAUUUACUUCAGAAAUAUGUAUUUCCAUAACCCAGAGGUUGUAAAACCACUAGUGUUUUAGUGGUUAGGGCAACAUUUAAAAUGGGAACUAAGAGUUAGGAUUUAUGGAAUAUGGAGAUAGGGUCCAGGAUCUAUUUGCCCUGUAAUGUUUAGGAUUAAAAUGUUAAAAUUUUGUGA